CCCCCUCCCCUCGAGUGAAGUGGUACAGUCGUGGGCUGUCCUGCGUGACGCGCUUCGCAAGGAGCGGAGGAUUCCUGAAUCGUGAAUCUGACUCUGAGGGGAAGGUUGAAUUUGAAGCGCUGAUUUUGACACUCAGUGGGCGAGCAGAGUGGCGAACCGCGCAGGGGGGAUUCACAGUGGGGUGUGGCAGGUGACCCAGCAGCUUGCUCUGAAAAGCUACUCAAAGCAGAGGAGGAGUCUGGCGAGGAAGAGGAGGCAGUUAGCAGCCGCAGCGCAGUCAUGGACAAGCCCCCCGCUCUCCUCGUGACCCAGAGCUCCACGCUGCCGUUCUUUGACACGGCCCACGCGCUCAACCUGCUGCGCGGGAUCCACGAGCUGCGGGCAGAGCGGAAAUUCUUCGACGUGACGCUGUGCGCGGAGGGGCGCGAGUUCCCCUGCCACCGCACCGUGCUCGCCGCCACCAGCAACUACUUCAAGGCCAUGUUCGCGGGCACGCUGCGGGAGAGCGGCAUGGACCGUGUGGAGCUGCACGAGGUCUCCGCCACCGUGCUGGGGCUCCUCGUGGACUUCUGCUACACGGGCCGCGCCACGGUCAGCCACGAGAACGUGGACCCGCUGCUCAAGGGUGCGGACCUCUUCCAGUUCCCCUCCGUGAAGGAGGCGUGCUGCUGCUUCCUGGAGCAGCGGCUGGACGUGUCCAACUGCCUGGAGCUGCAGGACUUCGCCGAGGCGUACGCCUGCCGGGGGCUGGCCGAGAGCGCCCGCCGCUUCGCCCUGCGCAACGUCGUGGAGCUGGCCAAGGGCCCGGACUUCGAGAGGCUGCCCCUGAAGCGCCUGCUGGAGCUGGUGUCGGACGACCGGCUGUACGUGGACAAGGAGGAGACGGCGUACCUGAUGGUCUCUCGCUGGGUCAAGGCUGACCCCCAGCGCCGGCUCCACUUGUGGCCCGAGCUGUUCCAGCGGGUGCGGCUCCCCUUCGUGCGGAGGUACUUCCUGCUGGCCCACGUGGAGAGCGACCCCCUGGUCUACACGUCCCCGUCCUGCCUGGGGCUGGUCGCCGAGGCGCGCGCGUUCCAGUCGGCGGGGUACGACCGGCACGACCAGCCCUGCGAGCGCGUGCGGCCGCGCCCCUCCACCGGCCUGGCCGAGAUCCUGGUGGUGAUCGGGGGCUGUGACCAGGACUGCGACGAGCUCGUCACCGUGGACUGCUACAACCCCCACACCGGACACUGGAGGUACCUGGCAGAGUUCCCCGAACACCUGGGUGGGGGCUACAGCAUCUCUGCGCUGGGGAACGACAUCUACGUCACAGGCGGCUCUGACGGCUCGCGGCUGUAUGACUGCGUGUGGCGCUACAACUCGAGUGUGAACGAGUGGACCGAGGUGUCCCCGAUGCUGAAGCCGCGGGAGUACCACGCCUCCUGCCUGCUGAAGGGCCAGCUGUACGUGGUGGCCUCCGACAGCACGGAGCGCUACGACCACAGCCUGGACGCCUGGGAGCCGCUGCCGCCCAUGCUGCACCCCAUGGACAACUGCUCCACCACCGCCUGCAGGGGGCGCCUCUACGCCACCGGCUGCCUGGCCGGCCAGGAGACCAUGGUCAUCCAGUGCUACGACCCUGACUCCGGACGCUGGUCCCUGGUCAACUGCGGCCCGCUGCCUCCCUGGAGCUUCGCACCCAAGACCGUGGCCCUCAACGGACUCAUCUACUUCAUCAGGUGAGAUGGGGGGCUUUAGACAGACGCUUCCACUGGGAGUCUUUCUCAGCGACUUCAGUGUAAAUUCAGUGACAAGCGAAAGAGAAAGCUAAGCCCAGGCACUGCAGUCCACGUGGGGGGCAGCGUGGCCCCGCUGGGUGGGAAGCUGUUCGUGUCGGGUGGUUACGAUGACACCUUCGAGCUGUCGGACGUGGUGGAGGCCUACGACCCCUCGACUGGAACCUGGAGCCGUGCGGCGCGGCUUCCCCAGCCCACGUUCUGGCACGGCAGCGUCAGCAUCUUCCGGCAGUUCAUGCCCUCGGCGCCCAUCGGCUUCGAGGCGGGACUGGAUAACGCCAACAACGAGGUCAACGCCGUACACCUGCACCGACACCAGCAGAACCACAGGGCCCAGGCACUGCUGCACCAGAACCAGAACCUCAACCAGCUCCACUAGAACCCAGAGACAGGGGGACCACUCUGGGGAAGCAAGAGUCUCGCUGCAGGGCACUCUGAAGCAGUGCAGGUUUUCCAUUGUGAAGCCUUGAUAAGAAGUCCUGGUUUGUGCUGCGAGUUUGCAGCGACUCCCCUGAGCAUGGCUGGCUGAGCUUGUGUUAAACGCUGCUGUGCAGCAGGAGUCUGCUUCCCAUCCCGGUGAUCCACGUGUUGGAGGAGCUGAUCUGGAGUUUCAGCAUCCCUCUCGCUCCACGCUGCGCGCUGUUUUGUUUUCCGCCAGUAAAGCACCUUUCAGACACUACAAAACUAAACAGUUGUGAAACUACACUCCUUAUAAAUUAUUAUUAAUAUUGAUUAUUAUUAUGAUUGAUUAUUAUUUAAUUUUUGAAGCACGACGGUAUGUUUGUGAUUGUGUGUCUAUAUGUAUAUAUAUAUGUGGGUGUCCCCGUGCAGUUUGAGGCUCCUGGAAGUCAGUAUUGCUGUUGCUGCAGCUCUGUGUGUGUGUUUUGUUUUCUAUGUGUGGUUUUCAGUUUGUUUCAGAAUGGGGAAGCACUCUUCUAUUAGCCUGCUAAUUGAAUGUGUUUCUUACAUGCUGUGGACCUGGCAUUAUGUAUCUUUUCGUUUUUGCUAUUGAGAAAGAUGAAUUGUAUGAAGGGGCAGCUGAGGUCUGGGUGUUUAAAAUAAAGAUAACUGUCGUCCA